AAAUCAGGAACGUCGUCGGCGGCCGGCAGAGCGGGGGGAUGAGGGAAGUCGGCGUGAGGAAGACCUGAUUGGGGGAGGGGUUCAGGCCUGUCCUCCCCAGCGACUGCGGCAGCACCAACGCCGGCCGCCACCGCCUCUGGGACGCAGAGCGGCUGGAGGAGGAGGAGGAGGAGGCGGUGGGCCCUGGGAAGCGGGAUGCCCAUCGCUCGAGCUUGGUGGUGAAUGCUGAAGAGGGUCACGGUUGCUGCAGUCUGUGCCACCGGGAGGAAGUUGUGGUGUGAGGCCGGGCGGGAGCUCGCCGCUCUGUGGAGGAUCGAAGCGCGGGGUCGGUGCGAAGACUCUGCCGCUGCCAGACCCUUUCCUGCUGUGACCAUGCCUGGAAGGAACAAGGCGAAGUCUACCUGCAGUUGUCCCGACCUGCAGCCCAAUGGACAGGAUUUGGGCGAGAGCGGCCGGGUUGCCCGUUUAGGAGUGGAUGAAUCUGAGGAAGAGGGACGGAGAGGGUCUCUCAGUAAUGCUGGGGACCCUGAGAUCGUCAAGUCUCCCAGCGACCCCAAGCAAUACCGAUACAUCAAAUUACACAAUGGCUUGCAGGCACUUUUGAUUUCAGACCUAAGUAAUAUGGACGGUAAAACAGGAAAUGCAACAGAUGAUGAAGAGGAAGAGGAGGAGGAGGAGGAAGAUGAGGAAGAAGAAGAAAAAGAUGAUGAUGAUGAAGAUUCUGGAGCUGAAAUUGAAGAUGAUGAUGAAGAGGGUUUUGAUGAUGAAGAUGAGUUUGAUGAUGACGAUGAACAUGACGAUGAUGACCUUGAUACUGAGGAUAAUGAGUUGGAAGAAUUAGAAGAGAGGGCAGAAGCUAGAAAGAAAACCACCGAAAAACAGCAAUCGCAGAGCCUGUUUUUGCUGUGGUCAAAGCUGACUGAUAGACUGUGGUUUAAGUCAACUUAUUCAAAAAUGUCUUCAACCCUGCUGGUCGAGACAAGAAAUCUUUAUGGGGUAGUUGGAGCUGAAAGCAGGUCUGUACCUGUUCAGCAUUUGGCAGGAUGGCAUGUGGAGGAGCAGCAGGGUGAAACUGACAUAUUUCUGUCUGCAGCGGCUCUUUGUGUUGGAGUUGGGAGUUUUGCUGAUCCAGAUGACCUGCCGGGGCUGGCACACUUUUUGGAGCACAUGGUAUUCAUGGGUAGUUUGAAAUACCCAGAUGAGAAUGGAUUUGAUGCCUUCCUGAAGAAGCAUGGGGGUAGCGAUAAUGCCUCAACUGACUGUGAACGUACAGUCUUUCAGUUUGAUGUCCAGAGAAAGUACUUCAAGGAAGCCCUUGAUAG